AUGCGUGCUUACUGGGCUGCUGUGGGUCCCCUGGCUGUCUAUCACUCCAGCACCAGCAGCCCACCCCAGGACUUCUGUCUCACCCCAGCUCCUCUGCUCGACCCCAGCACCACCAGACCACCCCAGCACCUCCGCCCCACCCCAGAACCACCAUCCCACCCCAGGAACCCCAUCCCACCCCGCCACAUCUGCCCUACCCCAGGACCUCCACCCCACCCCAGCACCACCACCUCACCCCAGGACUGCCAUUCCCACCCCAGCACCACCAGCCCACCCCAGGACCCCCGUCCCACUCCAGCUCCUCCGCCCCACCCCAGCACCACCAGCCCACCCCAGCACCACCACCUCGCCCCAGGACCCCCAUCCCACCCCAGCACCUUCGCCCCACCCCUGCACUACCACCCCACCCCAGCACCAUCUCCCCACCCCAAAGCCACCUCUCCACCCCAGGACCCCUAUCCCACCCCAGCACCUCCACCCCACCCCAGGGGGACGACGAGCCGGUGCCUAUUUGCGCGGCAGAAGCCGGGGGAAGACGGGGGCGCGGGAUUCUGCGCCGGACCCGCGGCGUGGGCCGCGCUUUUUUCCGCCACCCGCGCCGGAGCGGCUAAUCAGAGACGGGGCCUCAGCACGCCCACUCCCCCGACAGGGUCGCGCCGCGCGGACGCCGCAUCCCCUCGUUCAUCAUCCUCCCUCCGCUGCCAGGCAGAUCCUCAUUAA